CAGUCUUAGACUUUCAUGGCAUUCGUUUUUCAUGUGUUUGAUGAUCUCAGUGGCUCAGUAUCUUUGUCUUGGGUUGGAGAUAGCACUGGGAUCAUUCUAGUCUUGACUACCUUCCAUAUACCACUGACUUUUGGACAGUCCAAGCUAUAUCGAAGUGAGGACUAUGGAAAGAACUUUAAGGAUAUUACAAAUCUCAUCAAUAACACCUUCAUUCGGACUGAAUUUGGCAUGGCCAUUGGUCCUGAGAACUCUGGAAAGGUGAUUUUAACAGCAGAGGUGGCUGGAGGAAGCCAUGGAGGAAGAAUCUUUAGAUCCUCAGAUUUUGCGAAGAACUUUGUUCAGACCAAUCUCCCUUUCCACCCCCUGACUCAGAUGAUGUACAGCCCUCAGAACUCUGAUCAUCUUCUCGCCCUCAGCACUGACAAUGGCCUGUGGGUGUCCAAGAAUUUUGGGGGAAAAUGGGAAGAAAUCCACAAAGCAGUAUGUUUGGCCAAAUGGGGAUCAGAAAACACGGUCUUCUUUACCACCUAUGUGAAUGGCUCCUGCAAAGCUGACCUUGGGGCCCUGGAAUUAUGGAGAACUUCAGACUUGGGGAAAAGCUUCAAAACCAUUGGUGUGAAAAUCUACUCAUUUGGUCUUGGGGGACGUUUCCUUUUUGCCUCUGUGAUGGCUGAUAAGGAUACAACAAGAAGGAUUCAUGUGUCAACAGAUCAAGGGGACACAUGGAGCAUGGCCCAGCUCCCCUCUGUGGGGCAGGAACAGUUCUAUUCUAUUCUAGCAGCCAAUGAUGACAUGGUAUUCAUGCAUGUAGAUGAACCUGGAGAGACCGGUUUUGGCACAAUCUUUACCUCAGACGAUCGAGGCAUUGUGUAUUCCAAGUCGUUGGACCGACAUCUCUACACCACCACAGGUGGUGAGACAGACUUUACCAAUGUGACCUCCCUCCGCGGGGUCUACAUAACAAGUGUGCUCUCAGAAGAUAAUUCUGUCCAGACUAUGAUCACUUUUGACCAAGGAGGAAGGUGGAAGCACCUGAGGAAGCCUGAGAACAGUGAAUGCGAUGCUACAGCGAAGGAUAAGAAGCAGUGCAGCCUUCAUAUUCACGCUUCCUACAGCAUUUCCCAGAAACUAAACGUUCCAAUGGCCCCACUCUCUGAGCCUAAUGCCGUCGGCAUAGUCAUUGCCCAUGGGAGUGUAGGGGAUGCCAUCUCAGUGAUGAUCCCGGAUGUGUACAUCUCAGAUGAUGGGGGUUACUCCUGGGCGAGGAUGCUGGAAGGACCCCACUAUUACACCAUCCUGGAUUCCGGAGGCAUCAUCGUGGCCAUUGAGCACAGCAGCCAUCCUAUCAAUGUGAUUAAGUUCUCCACAGACGAAGGUCAGUGCUGGCAAACCUACACGUUCACCAGGGAGCCCAUCUACUUUACCGGCCUCGCCUCAGAACCUGGCGCUAGGUCCAUGAAUAUCAGCAUUUGGGGUUUCACAGAAUCUUUCCUAACUCGCCAGUGGGUCUCCUACACCAUCGAUUUUAAAGAUGUCCUUGAAAGGAACUGUGAAGAAAAGGACUAUACCAUAUGGCUAGCUCACUCCACAGACCCUGGAGACUAUGGAGAUGGCUGCAUUUUAGGCUAUAAAGAACAGUACCUACGGCUCCGCAAGUCAUCCAUCUGUCAGAAUGGUCGAGACUAUGUUGUGACCAAGCAGCCGUCCGUCUGUGCCUGCUCCCUGGAGGACUUCCUCUGUGAUUUUGGCUACUUCCGUCCAGAAAAUGACUCCAACUGUGUGGAACAGCCAGAACUGAAGGGCCACGACCUGGAGUUUUGUCUGUAUGGAAGAAAAGAGCACCUGACAACCAACGGGUACCGGAAAAUUCCGGGAGACAAAUGCCAAGGCGGAGUGAGUCCAGUUCGAGAAGUAAAAGACUUGAAAAAGAAAUGCACAAGCAACUUUUUGAGUCCAGAAAAGCAGAAUUCCAAGUCAAAUUCUGUUCCAAUUAUCCUGGCCACUGUGGGACUGAUGCUGGUCACAGUCGUAGCAGGAGUGCUCAUUGUGAAGAAGUACGUCUGUGGGGGAAGGUUCCUGGUGCAUCGAUACUCUGUGCUACAGCAGCAUGCAGAGGCCAACGGUGUGGAUGGUGUGGAUGCUUUAGACACAGCCUCGCACACGAAUAAAAGAGGUUAUCAUGAUGACUCAGAUGAGGACCUCCUGGAAUAGCUCCUCCAAGGAGCUGGGACCGAGCAUGGAUGACGGAACCGCAGUACCUCUUACACUCCCUGUGGCUCCGACUUGGGGAAAUAAAUUUCCCAUUGCGAGGGACCCAGCUCUGUUUCUGCUGCUUCCAUCAAAGCCAAAAGGACCUACACUAAAGAAAUGCAGGGGGUUGGGGAGCCCUAAACACUCUUACAAUUGGCUCUGAGAAGAGGGGGAAAAAUUUAAAUGCUUUAACUUUUUAUUUCAAGCGCUGUCUUUUGCAAAGUAUGGGUUCUUUUGGUUUUGGUUUUUAAGGGAAAGGAAAUGGAAUUUGAAGGGAACAGUUCACUAACCCCACUCUUGCAUGUUCUGCGUGGCGCCUGCCCCAGGGCACCUGCCCACUCCAGCAUCAACUCUCACAACUUGCUUGGUGCUGUCCCUGGGCUCUGCUGGCAACACGAAGCAGCUGCAGAGAAGAACACAGAGGCUGCGAUGACUGGCACAGCCUGGGCAGCCUUUCUCCGUCUGGGGACAGCCCUGCUCCAAGAACAUUGCACACCAGCUCCUCACACACAGAUCCUCGCUUUUUUUUUUUUCUUCUAGGGACCAUAGACCACAGUGAUUUUUCUUUUCCCCUGUUUAAUUAGGCAAUACCUUUGUUAAUUGCCCUUUGGCUACUAACUUAACCAUGUGCUUCCAAGACGCUAAAUCAGGAAAACUUAAAAGGCAAUAUUUUUAACUUGGGGCAGGAAGAAGGGAGCAGCAGAGAAUUGACUAGAUUUAGCACCUGUUAGAGGAGAAAUUCUCGCCUCUUCUGAGAUCUUUCAAGCCAUGCUCUGUGUGUGUGCCAGUGGACAUGCUCAAGGACAGGGUUCAGGUCUGCCCCGGAUGUCUGCCCAGGCCAAGUGACCUCUUCGCUGUAGCUGAUGGUGGCGAGCACAAUGCAGCCCCUGAGGACUGAGCAUCCCAGUCUUCCGUGUCUCUUUCCACCGUUGGGUUGGCUCACUGGUGAAACAUUAGGAUGGCUGCUUGUUUGCUUCCUCUUAGGUUGCUGUUAUACAUGGAGUCAGGACUAGACAUGUUUUCAGAUUUAGAGGCUUUGCUAAAAAAAAAA